CAUCUGUCAUUGUUGUUAUUUUCCAAAAGUGAAAAUUACUACGAAAUAGUAAAAUAAUAAGAGAUUCGGAGAGAUAAACGCUGUCGGUUAAAAAAAAAAUCCUUUUUUUGAUUUCUUGUGCUUCAUACGUUUGGUAGAUUUGAAUAUUCUAUCUUACCACAUUGUUGCGAUAAAUAACCGUAUACGUAGUAACGGGUCCUCCGUUACUUUUCCAAUAAAACCUUAUUAUGCCUCAUGAUUUAAAAGAACUGGGUGUAAGGAAAGCUAUAAUGGCUCCCUUGUCGCCAACUCCCUGCGCCGAGAUUAGUGAUGAUGAGCUGGUCUCCAUUUCAGUGCGAGACUUGAACCGACAGCUCAAGAUGAGAGGACUGACAAGAGAUCAGAUUGUAAGAAUGAAACAAAGACGUAGAACUCUCAAGAACCGAGGCUAUGCAGCCUCGUGUCGUAUUAAACGAAUAGAACAGAAGGAUGAAUUGGAGACUGAAAAGAGUCAGGAAUGGCACGAUAUGGAGGCAAUGCAAGAGGAAAAUACAAGAAUUCGUGAUGAAAUAGAAGCAUUGAGAAGUAAAUAUGACGCAUUGAAAAGGUUUGCCAUAAUGAAGAGUAUCCCAUUACCAGCGGAAUUGGAAAUAUUACCAUAAAGAAAAACGGAUAUUUUGUGCAUUUGUAGAAAGGUUUUGUAGAAAUAAGUUCUUACAUCACCAUCAUCAGCUCACUAUACGUCCCCACCAAGGGGCUCGGAGCCUACUCUAAGUUAAGGGUGAUUAGGCCAUA